AUAAUUAAAAAAAAAAAAAAAAAAAAACACUAAAAAUGAAGUGCUCUAGAAUACCUCAUUCCCAGAAUGCUUUUCUCUGUAGUUCUGAAUUCCAGAAUACUUGUCUCUGGAAUGUUGGGUAUGGUGUUCUUGGUUCUCGCUGAAAGCUGCGUUCAUAUGUGGUGAAGUGCUCUCCUGAAUUUCUUCACAUUAGUGGCCUUGGCCUGGAUCAGAGUUUAAAUCUCUGACCCGUAGGAACAUCUACAGCUUCUGUGCAGUUCUUUUGGCUGACGGUUAAACGGCGUUGAACCCGUCACUGCUGGAGCGUCACUUCCUCUCUGAUAAAAACAGUGCUGUGAUGUUUGUCCUGUGUGAUGACUGACGUAACAGAGAAAAUGAAUGUGGUUAUUUUUAUCCUGAGUUAUGACUGUAUCACAGCAGAGAGGAGAGUAAACGUCAGCCGGACCUGCUGUGAGGUUCUGGAGAACAUAGAUGUUUUCACAUAGAUGCAGUCCGUCUCUGUUCUGACUCUGCUGGUGUUUGAUUUUCAGAGAUACUUCAUAUGUGGUUAUGUAAUCAAUCAUUUAUCGUUGCUCAUCAGGGCUUUAGUUUGACUGUGUUUAUGCAUGUGUGCUCUGAUGAUGCGUGUGUGUGUGUGUGUGUGUGUGUGUGCGCGCGCAUUCCUGCGUUACCUGUUCUGCUUGUUCCUUUCGCCUUUUCCUGAAGACUCUAAAAGCUCGAAAGUUUCUCUCGGGCUCAGACACGCAGAGACAGAGAUGUUGUACCUGUUGGGAGUGAGUAAAAAGCUUUUAACCAUUUUGACCUGAAAUAUUUCACAUUCACUGAAACUUUGGUUUUAAUUCGUGUUUUUAAUCUGAACCUUCAGACCGUCGUCGGCCUCCUCUUCAUCAUCAUGUUUUUUUCCAAAGGGCUCAAAGAGGUGAGUACAAGAGUUCCUGUUUUUGAGAAGUUAAGAUAUAAAUCCACCUUCAAUCAAACAGAGUCUGCUGCUGAAGGAAUUAAAGAAAUCAUUUUGAAUUAUUUUCUUUGAAGGCGAGUCAGAGCCAAAAAUCACAGGUCUCCGAGUCCUCGGCCAACAAGAAAGUGAGUAAACUUAGUUUAAUGGAUUUAAUGUUACAUUAUCAUAUGUACUGAUUAAAACAUGUCAUAGAAAACUGUAUGUAACAUGACAGAGUAUUAGGGCCACAUUAAAUAUGUUUAAAAAACUCAAGUCAUCUUUUUACAAGAGUGAAGUCACAGGAAGGUCAUUAUAUAACAAGAGUAAAGUUAAGGGUUAAGGGUGUUAUUUAACCAGAAUCAUUUAGUCAUCCUUCAUCCUCACACUGCUGUUUAAAACCAGGUCUCAGUCUUUCCAGAGUCCUGAUACUUCAGCAAUGUGAGUCUGAGGAGACAAAACAUUAGGGACACUUUAAUUAGACCCUCCACGGUCCUGAUUCUGGUCCAGACAGCCAGACUGUCAACACUUUAUUAUGAGAACAUGAGAAUUUAUCAUCCUGAUAUUUUUUAAUGAUAUUAUUUCUGUAUUGAUAUGCCUUUAAUCUCAUAAUAUGAAGACUUUUCAACAACUUUAUUUCUGUGAUGUUAUUCCAGCAAGAAAAAAAAUCACUAUGACUUUAUUACAUAAAGAAAAUGAUUCAAUUUUGACUUUAGUGUAGAAAGAAAAUAAUAAAAUAGCAGCUUUAUUCUGCACAAAGAGGAUUUACCUGCAACUCUACUCAAGAUAAAACUACAACUCUUUUCUAAACAGGAAACCAUGAAAGUUAAACUUUAUUCUUUGGAGGAUUUUUUUUUAUUCAGUCUUUUCUGGAGAGAAAAUGAUUUCAGAAAGAAAAUUAUAUCACUAAAGAAAAAAGGAGUCAUUUUUCUGUGACGUUAUUCUGAUGAGUAAAAAGAUCAAACUACCUCAUUAUUAGUUUACUGUUUGAAUUUAUUGUAUAUAAGAAAUAUUUUCACCGUGACUUUAUUCUUGUGAGAAACAGAUUUAACUCUGAAUUUUUACUAGAAAGAAAAUAAAACCAAGGUUUAUAACUCCGAUUAUCCUCGAUGGAAAUAAUUUAUUGUUUCUCCAAAUCAAAAAAAAUGACUGUUUCUUUAAACCCAAAAAAUUACGUACUGUUCCUUUAAAUCUAAAGACAAACCAUCUUUGGUGUGGCCCUGAUCCCUGUCUUAUUAACAGCAUAUGUUUACGGUGUAAUGACUGUACUAAAAUAAAACUGAGCUGGUGAAGUGACCGUGUCUGUGGUCCUCAGAAGGAUCUGACUGAAGAGGACGUCCAGCUGUUGGCUCGGAUCCUGUCGGUCGGUUUGGUGGACGCUGACCCGAAUUAUCUCCAACACCUGAAAGAGUUCAGAGACCUGCGAGGAGGAUGAUCAGCUUCACCUUUAAUCGAUCAGGAUAAAGUUUAUCUGAUCAUGAACAGACGGACAGUUACAGCCUCACCAGGACUGUGUCAGAGUUUCACAGGAUGGAAGAGGAAACCAUUUUAAAAAGCUCUUUAUUGAGGUCAAAGGUCAUGUCGGUACUAACCUCAGCGUGUCUGAAAACAGGGGUGACAUUUUACUGCUGUUUAAACAUUUACACAUCUGGAAGAAUAUAAAAGAUAAAGCUUUAUUUUUUAUGCACAGAUUUUUAUUUUAGUGUUUUUUUAAUCUGGACUGAUAUUCUUUCACAUGUUCACUCUCUGAGUAAACUGCAGUUUAUGGUGUGUUUGACAAAAGUUUAGUGUUGAUUCAAAUGUUAAAUAUCCAGAUUUAAAAAUAAUAAAAAAUAAUAAAGAGAUAAAAAAAACUUCUAAAGUUAUAAAAUCGAACCUUUUUCAAAAGAAACUCUUAAUCUGAAGAGGAGGCUGGAGUGAAGCCGUCUUCCAAAGUCACUGAGUUUGUUCACUCAGAGUAUUUUUACCUCCUCUCUCCUGAAGUUUCAUGUUGAUCUUUAAAAGAAUAAAAAACAGACAGGGCCGGAUCUAUAGGGGACCAAACUGUGUGGGUUCACGCCCAGCAGCCGCACAGAUAUUUGUAGCUGGUCAAAAAAUUAAAAACCAAAACUCUGAUUUACAGACGCAAGUGAACGCAGCGUCGAAGGCUCGGCUCCCCGCCUCUAGAGUCCGGACUUUCUGGACUUCACAGGUGUGCGCUUGUUCCUGUCGACCUCACCUGAAGCAUGAAAACACAAGAGGAACAAACAUUCAGGAAGAUUCACAUUUAUGAAGUUAUCAUCUUAAAUCCUUCUGGAUUAAACCGAGAAGCUCUCGAGUAAACUGAGUCUUCAGGGAUUCAAUUUACUCUCUCUGGAUUCAUCUGAGUCUUUCUGGAUUUAAUUUAGUUCCCCUUUAAAUCAACCUUUUUUUUAAUAGACUGAGUUUCUGGAUUAUACUUGACCCUGGAUUAAACUGAGCCUCUACUGAUGAGUCGCAGUGGUUUGACCUGGAUCUCUGUUGAAUAACUGACUCUCCCAUGAUCAAACAGAGUCACACUGGACAAAAGAGACUCUUUCUGGACUAAAAAGACUCUUUCUGGAUUAAUUUAAGUCCUUCUAGAUAAACUUAAGUGUCGCUUACUCCACAGGAAGCUGUUCAGUUUGUCUCCGAGCACGUAGAGAGACGUCACCACCAUCAUGUUGAAGAAGAAGAAGAAGACCAGACCAGCUGAGCUGAAAUAUCCGAGGAGGGGGUACACCCAGAUCCCCACGGACAAAUAGACCCAGAUGAUCCUGAAAAACCAGUUCAGAGAGACUCUGUGUCAGUCUGAGACAAAGAAAUGCUAAUUUUAGUGUUUCCAGGAGUCGACCAGAGGACCCAGAGGCUGACC